GUUCAUCUUUUCCCUCCCUCGACAAACCUGGUAAACAUUGGGUCCAGAAUCCUGGCACAAAGCUUACUCAGGUCCUGCGGAUCUGAGCAAAAUCAUCGUCCCUCUGCCACUGAGGAAAUGAUUUCCUUUGACUUGGCAAUAGAUGUGGCCAUCCUUGCUCAGACUGGAAUAGGGAUGGUGGGCAAUGCUUCACUCUUUUGUCAUUACAUCUGCUCUCUUUGUAGGAGGCAGAGAUUGAGACCUUUAGAGCAAAUAAUUAACCAUCUUGCUUUAGCCAAUACUUUGACCCUGCUUUGUGGAGGAAUUCCUCGAACAAUGGCGCCCUUUGGGUUGAAAUAUUUCCUAAAUGAUGUUGGCUGUAAACUAGUCUUUUAUUUUCAUAGAGUGGCCUGGGGAAAUUCCCUCAGCACCACCUGUCUUUUGGGUGGCUUCCAGGCCUUAAGUAUUAGACCCACAAACUCUAGAUGGGCAGAACUCAAAUUCAAAUCCCCAAAGCAUAUUAAUUCUCCAUGUAUCCUGAGCUGGGUGUUUCAUUUGUUGGGAAAUAUCAUUGUUCCCAUGAGAGUGACCGGACAGAAGAAUCACGGAAAUAGCAGUGUGAAAUUAAAUCUUGGAUAUUGCUCUCGUGUGUUUAUUAAUGCAAUUACAGAAUCAAUAUGUGCAGUCAUUUUCUCCUCUGUUGAUGUUAUUUGUUUAGGACUCAUGAUAUGGGCCAGUGGAUCCAUGAUAAUUUUCCUUUGGAGGCACAAACAGCGAGUUCAAUACAUUCACAGCACUAGGCGAUCCCCCCAAAUAUCCCCAGAGACCAGAGCCACAAAAUCUAUCCUGAUACUUGUGAGCGCUUUUGUCAUAUUUUAUUCUCUCUCUUCUGCUUUUGAAAUGUAUGCCUAUCUUUUUGACAACCCACAGUUGUGGCUUGUGAACACCAGUGUGUUUCUAGCAGCUUGUUUUCCAACUCUCAGUCCCUUUUUGCUCCUGAAAAGUGACACCCACAUCUCCAGCCUCUGCUCUUCCUGCUGA